AUGGCGCAAAGUACAGACGUCAUUGACCACCCCACGGUCAUCGCGCUGACCGACGAGGAGCGCGACAGCGGCGUCAUGAGCGACUCUAAGCUUUAUAACGCCAUCGAGGCCUUCUUCACGGAUGGUCUCGUCGUUGUCGAAAACGCCAUUGACGCAGCCAUCAUCGACAAGCUCAACAACCGCAUGUUGCAAGACACCGAGCGCCUCCUGGCUGGCCAGGGCCACGUUCACUUCAACCAUCUCAAUGUCAACGCUGGCACAAAAGGCGCUGCCAUCGGCGGCAACCUGUCUCAGGUCCCACCUCUUGAAAAGGACUACCUCUUCCCCGAAGUCUAUGCCAACAAGCACGGCGCCCGCAUCGUCUCCAACGUCCUCGGCCCCAGGCCCGAGGUCCACUUCAUCCGCUCCAACACCCUGCUCGCCACCGGCGAGCGCCAGCUGGUGCACUCCGACAUCCGCUUCGAGCACCCGGAGCACCCCUUUGCCAUUGCCUUUAACACGUGCCUGGUCGACGUCGGCCCCGAAAACGGCUCCACUGAACUCUGGCUUGGCACUCAAAACACCAACAUCAAGGACCACAGCGAGCUCGGCGAGCCCAUGAUCGCCCCCGAGAAGCUCGAGGCUCGUCGCGCCGUGCGCCCGCCCAUCUACCCGCGCAUCAAGAAAGGCUCUAUUGUCCUGCGUGACCUGCGUCUGUGGCACGCGGGAAUGCCCAAUCCCACCAGCAACGUGCGCAUCAUGCUGGCCAUUGUGUACUAUGCCGCGUGGUACAAGAACGGCGUCGAGACGCCGCUACCUGAGUCGCUGAAGCCGACGGUCGAGGGCCUUGAGACCUAUGCCAAUAUCAAGAUCGCCACCAAGUGGGUGCCGGACGAAGGCUACAACUACCUUGACAUCAAGUUCAGCAACAACUUCAGCUCGACGCUGACGCCGUGGGUCUGGGACAAGAUCAAGAACGUCAAGACCGUCAAGGGCUACUAA